AAGCUUUACUAAUGAUUAUUAAAGAAAUUUUAAUGCAAAUAUGACUUGAUUAUUUUGAGUUGUAUUUUUUAAGUUUAAUUGUCAAGUCGUUGUUUUUAAAGAUUGCGUACGAAACUUAAUGUAAACAAGGAAAUAAUCAUGACUUCUAUGGAGAAAAGACUACACAAAGAAAUACAGUUGCUUCAAAAAGAACCACCACAUGGAGUUAAAAUAGACAUAGACAGCAUCCAUAAAAAUAUUAGAGAAUGGAUUGUGGACCUGGAAGGGGCGUCUGAGUCACUUUUCUGCGGAGAGAAAUUCCAGCUACUUUUCAAGUUUGGAGACAGAUACCCCUUCGAAUCUCCACAGGUGAUGUUUAUAGGAAACAACAUUCCAAUGCAUCCGCAUGUGUACAGUAAUGGUCAUAUCUGCUUGUCAAUCCUGACGGAUGACUGGUCGCCUGCACUCUCCGUCACCUCUGUCUGCCUCAGCAUAGUUAGCAUGCUGUCCAGCUGCACAGAAAAGAAACGGCCCCCAGAUAACGCAAUAUAUGUUAAAACAUGUAGUAAAAACCCAAAGAAGACAAGAUGGUUUUAUCAUGAUGAUGAUGUAUGAGUCAUUGACCUUUCUACAUUUCCGUCUCAUCCGGGGUGAUUCCACCAGCUUACAUACUGCUUGAACACUGAAUGGGCAGCAACGACCAGCAUCAACCAUACAUCAACCAUACAUCAACCAUGCAUUAACCAUACAUCAACCAAACCUUGUCAUAGGGAACAGGAUCCAUUAUGCACAGCUUUUAGAGACACUGCCUCAUGGAUAGAGUAUUGUUUGGUAGUAGCUUCACUAUUGAGCUUUUAUGGCUGAAUUGAACUACUGUUAUGACAAUCUGUAGUGGAUAUAGUCUGCUAUCAUGUAUCAUAUUUACCGCUAACACACCCGACCGAACUGAACAAUGUUAUCACCUUGUGUUUAUGGAUUUUAUUCGAUAUUGUUCACAAUUCAAGCGUAGUCAACAUCACAUGCUCACAUUCAACUUACACCCAUGUUCACAUUAAAUGUUGUAAAUACUGUCAUGAAUAGCACUGAGAGAUAUUUUGAAAUAUGUUUGAUUGUUUAAGAUGGCACAUACCAUGCAAUGUUGUUACAUCUUGUGAUAUAUUUGUUAUUUAUAAGUGUCAUUUUUACAUGUUUGUUUUUUAAAGAUAUAAAGACUAGGUAAUGUUAUGGCCUCAAUGUAUUCAGCUACAGCAUAACUAAACUCACUCCAAUUAUAAUUAUGAAAUAAAAAAUUAAUUCACAUAUGACAUGUUGAUAAUUAUGAAGAGGGGGUAUUUUGCUUUGCAUAUGUCGGUAUAUCGGUCAGUUGGUCCAAGUGAUAACAUGACAAUUCCUGGACCUAUUGUCAUCUAACUUGACAAGAAGGUGGGGUCUGACGAGUAGAUUACCCCUUUUGAUUUAAGGGGGCAAGGCCCAUUAUUGUGGCUUAAAUUAAUGACAACUUAUGCCCUUUCACUGACUAAGAAAAUAGGAUGAACUGCAUGAGGUUGAAGUUUUCUCUAGUUCUGCAAUGUACAGUGAUGGUCACAUCAUUAUUUCUGCAUACAUGUAACCAAGGUCACAGUUUUGGCCGGGAAUGCACACAUUUUAGUUAUACUGAGAUACAUUUUUGAAUUUGUUGUUUAAAAUUAAAUUGUUUAGAUGAAUAAUAUCAUGCUUCAUUGCAUAUUUUGUGAUAGUUUUGUUAUUUAUAAACAUCAAAUUCUGUAAAAAAUAUUAGCUGGAUGCCAUACUAAAAUUAGUCUGGUUAUCAUUUUAAAGUAUUAUUUAAGUUUUCAUAUGUCUCUUUAUAUCAACUCAUAUAUAGCAAUAUUGCAAUAGGAUGGAAUAUUCUAAUUUGGUUGAAAGCCCCAGUCAUCCCAUGAUGAAUUAGACUGUUUGAAAUAUAUUAAACUGUACAUUAGUUUUUGAUGUACCUAUAUAGAAAUAAUUUUUACAGGGCUGAGUUGCUAAAAAUUAUGACAGUUUGAAACAAUAUCCUCUUUACUUAAGUUCUAUUGAACUUUUUUUCAUAAUUCUUGGAGACACAUUACCUAAAAUUCAAUGAAUUCACAUGUUUUAAUUAAUGGGUCGUUGAAAGCUAUUUGACCCUGUUCUGAUCAUAUUUCCAUCCAUCAUAAACUUGAAUAUGACCUUUAAAUAUAGCAAGUAUGUUUCUUAUGUACAUGUAUGUUUCUUAUGUAUGAGUACUUUUUUUAUGUAUGAUAAGGUUUCGUAUGAACAGAUAAUUUUAUCAAGACAUCUUAACAUUCUUAGUGUUAACGCUCAUGUUUUAGCCAGUUAGAUCGCCAGAUGGAUUCUGAUCUAACUUCUAAUCAUUUAAAAUGCACCUGACGAAAAAGAUUCCUAAGUGACGUUUGUUCAUUGUAUGCUGGCUAGUGUAGAGACAACACUAAGAAUGAUAUUGUUUAUUGUUCAUUGCUUUUUCUACGUGUAUCAUUGUUGUACAUUUCUCUUGGUCCAUUCUUUUAUUGAUGUCUAGUCUGUGGAAUUGAUCUUCCAUUUGUGGUAUUUAGAAUAUAAAAUUGGUAGAAAUAGUGUGAACAUUGUUUUAAAUUCAUUAAGCAGUUAGCAAAGACAUGUGUUUUCUGAUCAAAGUAAUGUUAGUCUUUGAGAGAAAAUAACUUUAGAUAGCUGGACAGAUCUCUUCAUGUGAGUUUGCGAUGAAUGUUUUAAAAUACACUUUUCCCACUUGACAAGUUUUCAGAUGUUAUUAAUCCAUAAAAAUGUUUCUUUUCCAUUGACAUAUAUGUUAAGCUUUACUGGCCAAAGCUUAUGCCACGGCAUGGUGUCUGUCGCCGUCUGUAAACAAUUGCUUGUGAUACAGUCUUCAGUUUUUAUAGUAUCUUUAUCCAACUUAUUUGAAUGAUAUAAUGAAUGUAGUUGGGUUUUUUUUUUCUUUUUCACUCCCUUGCAACUGUUAUUUUCACCUCUUUAGCAAUGGUAAGAGUGACAACCUCUCUAUGGUAAGAGUGACAACCUCUCUAUGGUAAGAGUGACAACCUCUCUAUGGUAAGAGUGACAACCUCUCUAUGGUAAGAGUGACAACCUCUCUAUGGUAAGAGUGACAACCUCUCUUAUUGUACUGAUUGUGUGCAGCUAUUUUUCUCCCUUGCCUUUGUGAACUAUUAAUAUGUUUCCUAUUUGUCUUUACCAAUGCUUACAUGCUCUGUAUUGAAUAUGACCAUAAAAGCAAUGCCAGUAGAGCAUAGGCCCUCAUUGGCCGCUUGGUGUAACUUGUCUUGAGAUCCAUUUAUCUAGAUGUAUGUAUCAUAAGACUUUCUUAUCAACUGAAAAUGAAAUGGCCGGGACAAUAGAGGAGUUAUCUGGUUGCAAAGUGUUCGCCUGGAGCCGCAGAAAUAAUUAAACAAUAUAGCAUAAACUGCACUGUUUUUAGUGUUCUCAGAUAGAAAUGAAAAUAAUAGUUUUUGUUUUGAAAAUAAGUUUGUGUAUAUACGCAUUUUAUACGACUGUAAAAAACAUUGUGUUAGAAUGUUCUAUUGAAGAAAUACUAUGUAUACAUUAUGACAAAAUACUAUGUUGGAAGGACCGCUCAUUCUCUUGGUGACAGUGCGUACAAGUAAUUUAGAAAAUUGUGACUUAAACAUGUUUUGAAUGGGCAAUGAUAACAUGUAUUGUAAUUAUAAAAUAAAAAAAAUAUUAAAACACAUGGCGCCACA